AUGCUUAGGUCACAAAUCAUACAAACUAGAUCAUUUACAUCAUUAACAAGAAAUUUAUCAUGGUUUGGUGAUAUUUUUGGUAAAAAUAAAACCAGUAUUGAAUCCAAACAAAAACGACAAGAUAUAAUCACUAAACAAGAUGAAUUAACUGAAUCAGAUUCAAUUAAAAUUCAUCAUUUAACAUUUAAAAAUUCUGAUAAAUAUCAAUCAUUUACUAUUGAACAAAAUAUGCCCAAUUUCCAUAAAUUGAAAAAUUGGAAAUUUCAAAAAUCUUUAACACCAAAUGAUUAUGAAUCAUUUUAUUCUGAUAAAUCAAUUUUACAAAAUAUAAUUAAUCAAGAAUUGAAAAAUUUAAUUCAAAAAGAUAUUAUUGUUAGUAGAGAUAAUUAUAAAGAUAUAAAAUUGGAUGAUUUAUCAUUUAGAUUCCAAAUUGUUAAAUCAUUACAAUCUAAAUUAGGUAUUGAUAUAAAUGAUUAUAUAAUUAGUAAAAGUCAUGAUUUAGAAACAUUAUAUGAAGAAAUUGAAAAUUUGGUUAAUAAACGAUGGAAAUUUGAAAGAAAUCCAAAUGCUAUUGUAUUAAGAUCAGAAGAUUUUGAUGCUGAAAAUAUUUAUUUGAAUCAAGAACGAAAUGAUUUUGAAAAAAAUUUGGAACUUCAAAAAUUAACUCAAAAAUUGAAAAUUUCUCAAUCUCAACAAUAA